AUGGUACGCGCAGUUUUCUCUCUCUGCAUGGAAGACGAAAACCCUGAGAAAGAAGCGCUUGUUGUGGUUGAUAAAGUGGACUGGAAAGGAAGGAAAGCUCUGAAACAUGUACAUGGAGGAAUGAAAACUUCCUUGUUCAUAUUAACGAUGUUUGGGUUCGAGAACUGCGCGACGGUGUCGCUAGCAGUGAACUCGGUGACAUACUUCAAUGGAGUAAUGCAUUUUGACCUGGUUGAGUCUGCUAAUAUGCUCACCAACUACUUGGGCACCAGUUACUUGCUCGCCGUCCUCGUCGCCGUCGUCGCUGACACUUGGUUUGGCAGAUUCAAAGCCGUCAUCGUCUCUGGCUGCUUUGAGUUCCUGGGACUGGCUCUUCUGACAGUUCAAGCACACUACCCACACCUGAAGCCACCACCGUGCGUAAUGUCGGAUCCACGAUCUCAGUGUCAGACUCUCGCCGGCAGCCACAAGGCCCUUCUCUUCGUCGGCCUCUAUCUCUUGGCCUUCGGCAGUUCUGGAGUUAGAGCUUCCCUUCCUUCACAUGGCGCUGAUCAGUUCGACGACAAUGACCCCAAACAAGCAUCCCUAAUGUCCACCUUCUUCAACUAUCUCUUGCUCUCCGCUUCCCUCGGCGGCGCCGUCAGCUUGACUCUCGUCGUCUACGUCCAAGACAACAAAGGCUGGGACUUGGGUUUUGGGAUCGCCACCAUCGCUAUAUUCUUGGGUCUCAUAGUCUUUGCCUCUGGAUUGCCUCUCUAUCGACUUCAGGUUGUUCGAGGAACCAGUGCUAUCAUUGAGAUCAUACAGGUCUUCGUUGCCGCAUUUCGGAACAUGAAUCUUUCCAUUCCCGAAGACCCCGCAGGACUCUACGAGCUUGAACGGCACAACGAAGCUGCCUCGGAAACAGAAGAAUUUUUGCCUCACAGUGACAUUUACAGGUUCCUGGACAAAGCUGCCAUAAAACCCAAACCCACAACAGAAGCUGGGAAUUCUGGAGCUCCAAACCCAUGGAAACUUUGCCGGGUCACCCAAGUGGAGAAUGCCAAGAUCAUCGUAGGCAUGGUCCCAAUAUUCUGCUGCACAAUCAUUAUGACUCUGUGCAUGGCUCAGCUCCAAACCUUCUGCAUCCAACAAGGCCUCACAAUGGACACCCAUGUCUCAAAAUCUUUCAAAAUCCCUCCAGCAUCCCUCCCAAUCAUCCCAGUCGUUUUCAUGAUCAUCAUCGUCCCCGUCUACGACCACAUUGUCGUGCCUCUUCUCCGCAAAAUCACCGGCAUCCCCACUGGAAUCACUCGCUUGCAGCGUGUAGGUGUCGGCCUGAUUCUCUCCUGCAUUUCCAUGGCUAUCUCUGCGGUUAUCGAAGUCAAAAGAAAACAAGUGGCUAGAGAUCACAACAUGCUUGAUGCUAUACCAGUACUUAAUCCAUUGCCCAUGAGCAUAUUCUGGCUUUCCUUUCAGUACUCUGUGUUCGGCAUAGCUGACCUGUUUACCUAUGUGGGGCUGCUUGAGUUCUUCUACUCAGAGGCACCAAAAGCUCUGAAAUCUACAUCAACCUGCUUCCUAUGGAUCUCAAUGGCUCUUGGAUAUUUUCUGAGUACCAUAGUGGUGAAGAGUGUGAAUAGUGCCACCAAGAAUAUCACUAGCAGCGGUGGAUGGUUAGCUGGGAACAAUAUUAAUAGGAACCAUCUGAAUCUCUUUUACUGGUUCCUUUCUUUGGUGAGUUUCAUCGACCUGUGUAUCUAUCUCAUCGUUUCAAGCAGGUACAAGUAUAGGCCUCAAGUUCAGGAAGUCGAAGUCAAACAAGGGGAUUCCAAGGAUUAUUGA